GCGCACCAUCUCCAAGGCAAGGCAAGCAAGGUGUGAAUGUGAAGCCUCUGUUAUCCUACCUCUGUCAAUGCAUCUUGGACCCGCCUUGAUUGUUCAUCGCGGCCUCAGUUUGCGUGGACACCAUGAAGUGCGUUAUCUGAAGUUCGCGUACAGUUCGACGGAAGAUGGAUUCAAGUCAACCCCAUCCUCGAUCAAAAAAGAGGAAGCGCUAUUUGGAGCCUGGAUCGCAUUAUGUAGUACCGCGGACAACGAGCCUAUAUCAAAAAGCGGCCGAGGCGCUAUCUGCCAGCCAGCCAUGCUCUAGCAAGAACGUUCCUCAAACUUCAGCUGGUAACGGAGGUUCUGGAGUAGCGGCGCUCGACACACGAAGUAUCAGUGAUGCACAUGGUGACAGCGAUGAAAAUCCUGAUCCCGACGACACCUACGGUUUCGAGGAGAGCUCGCUCUCAAGCGAUUCUGACCAAACUGCAAAUUCGGCUUGCGACGAUGCAGGCAUGAGCGACAGCCAUGCCGAUAGCGACAUAGAUCGUGAGCAGGAUGAAGAUGAGUUUUGCCGGUUGUUUUCUGAUGAGCGCUUGCCGAACUCGGACCUAAACGUCAGAGAAGCGAUGAUUAUCCUGAUGGCGUACAGUACAUCUGCGGGACUGAACUGGACCAACAUGGAAAAACUAGUGGGGGUGAUAAACCUCUUUUUGGGAAAGCAAAUUCUGCCAACAUCCAAGCAUCUGCUCAGAAAAACAUGGAAAUUGUGGCCGGCUGGCACAGUCAAGCGCCAUUACUACUGUAAAGAAUGUGGGUCGAUCGUACCCAAUCCCAGGGAGAGGGACUUCGUGUGUCCGCAGUGCCCAGCCUUGAAUCCCCCAGAAAAUCACUUUGCCAUGAUUGAUGCGAAAAAGCAAAUAGAGGUGCUCCUUUCUAGCAUCAGUGUUGCGAAAGGGCUGUUAGCUGCUCUACAAAAAAAGCAGUCACGUGCUCAUGAAACGGACCUCACUGACAUAACUGAUGGCAAGUUGUACAAAAACCAGAUGAAGGAAGCGUCAUGGUGCGACUUGACAGUGACUUUCAACGUUGACGGAGCAAGGACAUUCAAGUGCAGCAAGUCAUCGUUGUGGCCCAUUCAGUGUGUUGUAAAUGAACUCCCAGUGACACUGAGCUGGAACAACAUGCUGCUUUGCGGCCUCUACUUUGGGAAGGGGCAUCCCAAAAUGGCACCCUUUCUGGAGCUGUUCAUUGAAAACCUAACAAAGUUGGGGCGAUCAAGUGGGAGUGCAACGGUCUCAAGUUGUCAUCUAAAGUCAGUGCGGUUUGCUGCUGCGUCGAUGCACCUGCACGGGCUGCAGUACUUAAUAUGAAACAAUUCAACGGGUAUUACGGCUGCAGUUUCUGUCACCACAAGGGCGUUUAUUUCUCUGGUUCACUGAAAUAUCCACUGUCGAAAGAUGGCCACGAGCCGGAACCAAGGACGGAUGCCACCUUUCGAAGGAACAUGGAGAUAUCCCUGGAGUCGGGUGAACCAUCGCAUGGUAUCAAAGGGUUUUCACCACUUGCCCGGCUGCCAGGGUUUGAUUUGGUGUGGUCCGUGUGCCCCGAUUAUAUGCAGUGUGCUAGAA